CCUCCAUCCCGCUCCGAAUGCCAUUGAGAUACAGACACCCCGGGGGAGCGUACGCCACACCUGCUCAACUUUUCCGGCCCUACUCCAGGAUACGAAACCCCGCAGGUAUCCGAGCUAGCGCUGCGGCAGCGGAGCCAUCACGACCAGAUAUUCAGCAGGAGCUCUCCGCGUACCUAUACCAAGCAUCUGCUGCCCGGCGUCACAAGACUGGCACUGGGAUUGGAAGAUUCGCCUCCACCUACCACCCACUAUCGAAUCGGCUUGAGCCCCACGCCAACAUGGCCUUCGUCCUACCCGGCCUGCGCCGCGGCAUCCUGCUGUCGACUCCUCUCAUCCUGGCAACGCCAACCCUGAUACAGGCGUACCGACGACCCAUCCUCUGCGAAGGACCCGACCCUUUAACUAAGAUUACUUCGGACUUGAAGAGCAAUUAUGCUGGUAACGCUCAAACACCCGUCGUCCAAACCUCUGGAGCACCAAAUCCACGCGCGAUACGACAAAUCAGUCUAGGUAGUAUUCUGGGGGUUCUGGCAGGCUUGAGUGUUAGCGUGUUCAGCAAGCCUCUAGCGGUUUUGAUAGGCUUGGGAAUUGUGUGUGUACAGUUCCUCGAAUCGCGCGGCAUCCAUGUUGUCCCAUAUUCGUUUCUGCAGCGGCGACUCAAAUCGACGAAUGUCCGGUCUUUGGUACGGGACAAUGUGGCGUUAAAGAUUUCCUUCGGACUGACGUUCGCGUUGGCUGCCUUUGCUGAAUUUUGAUUGGAAGUCGUCGCGAUGAGCAAGAGCAUGCUAGUAGUUGAAUCGAUGGGCAUGAUGCAUUAUCUGCGGCGCGUAUUGCAUCUGCAACUGCUUGCAGCUCUGCCAAAAGGUCUUGACAGCUUCCUUGAAGGCAGUGAAGCUCUUGGCAUUCC